UGCAAUAAAUAUAUUAUUUAUUGCAAAUAAAAUAUACGCGGUUCACAGAUUGUAGUUGCGUAGCCCACAAAAUUUGUGAAUGAGUCUUAUGCAAUUCUUCCCCCUGGCCUCAAGAUGUCGCUGCAGUUCCAGCCCACCUUUGCCUUCUGGUUACAUCGUUUUUGUUUUGUUUUUUUGUAAUGCGGCGGUGCCGCUUCGGUGCUUUUAAAAUGUGGGUCUAGUUCCACUUUAACACCAUGCUCCAUGCAUACUUUCUCAUUUUCGCAAACCUUUGUUUAGACCACACCAUACGUGUCCAACAUUUAUAAUAUGAGACGGUUAUAUAUCCUGUGGAUCAUUUUCGCAUCUCAUGGACGUAAGUUGGGGCGCUCGGAUACAAAUCCCUCCCCGAGAUCCGCCUCGCUCAUUCAAUUGGUCUGCCCCAAACCUGUUUCAUGCAGUCCACCGUCUGUCAGUCAACGCCGCGCUUCCCUCCUCCGCCUCGCUUGGCAGCAUCCAGGAGUGUGCCCACCUUAUUCCUGCGACGGGCAUUUGAUGUGAACAUAUUUACGGCAAGAGCCGGAGUUUUUUCUCCGUUAUUACUAGUUUUUUUGCACUAGCGUUGUCAUUUACCGUCGGGAUGACUCAGGAUGUAACUGGGUGUUGUCCUGUUGUUUUUAGCUAGGCGGACAAAUUCCUUCAACCAGCCUGCUGUUUCAAUCACUGCCGGCUGUCACUACGUUAACCGAGGCGCUGUUUAGUUGGGCGAGCUAGCGGGCUAGCAGGGCGAGCACUCCCGAUUGUCUUCGGCCUAAUUUAGGGGAGGUUGUGCUGAUGUUGUUGGAAUAACGCCGAAGAGACUGCGGACACAUCAGCUGCCACCUGGUUGGAUGCUGCAGGUUUGAACCACUCUUGACGGAUGGUGAAGAUCGAAUUGGAAAAGGCAGUGACAGAAAAAAAAACCUAAAGGGGCUUUAAGUUGCUGCCAUUAGGAACAAAAAAGCAAAAAUACCUAAGCUGUGUUCAGAGCGGUGCAGUCAGAGGAGCCCCUUCCAGUGUGAAUCUCCCGUGAUUUACAGUGGAACAUCCGGGUGAAGUCGCGCUUCUUCCCGGCCGGGGGGACAACUUGACAGCGAGGCCCCUUGGCUAAGUUUCCCCUCCCCCAGCCCCGACCAUCCAUCCAUCCGUUCGUCCAUCCAGUCCAGUCCAGUCCAGUCCGACUGACCGCCUCCUCCUCGCUUGCUUGAGAGCCAAGCGAGGGCCGGGGAUUCGGGAGAAACGGAAACCGUGAGCCAGCGUUCGUCAGGUCCCGUUUGAUCCGGGCUGCCACAACCAGGGGGGAUGACUCUGGAGUCCAUGAUGGCUUGCUGCCUGAGCGAGGAGGCGAAGGAAUCGAAACGAAUCAAUGCAGAAAUUGACAAACAACUCCGCCGAGACAAGCGGGACUCCAGGAGAGAGCUGAAAUUGCUGCUGCUCGGUACGGGAGAAAGUGGCAAGAGCACCUUCAUCAAGCAGAUGAGGAUCAUCCAUGGAGCCGGCUACUCGGAUGAAGACAAGCGGGGCUUCAUCCGGCUUGUUUACCAGAACAUCUUCACCUCCAUGCAGGCCAUGAUCCGCGCCACCGAGAACCUCAAGAUCCCGUACAAAUAUGAACAGAACCGGGCCAACGCCAUGGUUGUGAAGGAAGUGGAUAUUGAGAAGAUCAAUGGGUUUGAUCAGCACUAUGUCGUAGCUAUUAAAAGCCUGUGGGCUGAUCCGGGAAUCCAGGAGGCCUACGACCGUCGCAGAGAAUACCAGCUCUCCGAUUCCACUAAAUAUUAUCUUUCGGAUCUGGAUCGUAUUGCCGAUCCCAACUAUCUUCCCACUCAGCAGGAUGUACUCAGAGUGCGCAUCCCCACUACAGGAAUCAUAGAGUACCCCUUCGACUUGCAAAGCAUCAUUUUCAGGAUGGUGGAUGUCGGGGGUCAGAGGUCAGAGCGGAGGAAGUGGAUCCACUGCUUUGAGAAUGUCACCUCCAUCAUGUUUCUUGUGGCUCUGAGUGAGUACGACCAGGUCCUGGUGGAGUCCGACAACGAGAACCGCAUGGAGGAGAGCAAGGCUCUGUUCAGGACGAUCAUCACCUAUCCCUGGUUUCAAAACUCUUCAGUCAUCCUCUUCCUCAACAAGAAGGAUCUCCUAGAGGAGAAGAUCACUUAUUCCCACUUGGUGGACUACUUCCCUGAAUUUGAUGGUCCCCAGAGAGACGCCCAGGCAGCGCGGGAGUUCAUCCUCAAAAUGUUUGUGGACUUGAACCCAGACAGCGACAAGAUCAUCUACUCCCACUUCACCUGUGCCACGGACACUGAGAACAUCCGCUUUGUGUUUGCGGCCGUCAAGGACACCAUCCUACAGCUCAACCUGAAAGAGUACAACCUGGUGUGAGAGGGGUGGGGACGGUGCUGACGAUGCACUUCUCCCCCCUCACCCAUUGCACAAAGCGCACCCCUCUUCGGAAACGUGCCGUCAACCCCACACGCAUCGCACAGCGCAGCACUCCGGCUCUCACACACUCAUUCACACACAAACAGAACUGUUGCUUUUUUUAAUUUUAAAUUUAAAAAUGUCCUUUUUCCCUGCCCAGUACGGUGUGUAUUUCCAGGUCCUCCCACCUUGAAUCGUGCCCCUUCUUUCACCAAAGCCGCUCCGUCCUUCUCCUCCUUCUCUCGGCAGCUUGUCGCGUCAGUCUUCGGCCCUCACACAGCUGCUCCGUGUGUCAGAGCUCGUCAUACAGACCUUUCAGACGGGCUCUGCGGCGGCGACCGGAAGGGAUUUUUUUUUUUUCUUUGGCAUUUGUAUUUGGGGCAGUUUUCAUUGGCAAUGAAUUUUGGUGGAGAAAAAAACAAAACAACAAAAAGAAAACGGUAAUCUUCGGGCCCCGCAGUGUUUGACCCCGUCUCCUUUCCUGCCAGUGUGGAAGGCACUGACUGACUUAUCUGGUGAUAUCAUCUGAGAACCAGCAGUGCUGAACACAGACAUGCUCCAGAGCGACGCGGUCCGGAUGUGAGGUCGCGCACCAAACAAAGGGACGGACUGGAGGAUUCUGUCAUCGCCUCGCAUCUAUGAAUGUACCCCAGGUGUGAGCAUCGCAGUCGCGAAAAAAGAGAAAUGUAUAUUAUGAAUUUAAUGCAUAUUUAAAAUCUGUUGCUGAUUUUUUUUUUUUUUUUUUUAGCAGAUUUUUACUGAUUUAAGCACUAACACUACACAGGCUGAGUCAAGCGGGCAUGAAAGCAGAAAGCGUAUAAAACAAAUUUUGCUAAAUUUUUAAAAAAGCAACUUAUUUGACAUAAGUAUCCUUUGGAGAUAUGAUUUUUAUUUUUUUUUUAAGUUUAAGUUAAUCACACGCUUCCCUCCUCCAAAAUGUAUUCUGUAUGAAUUUACAGGGACAAUCUUCCACAUGACGCAGCACGCGAAACCGCUCCCCCAGUACAAAACACUACGUAGUCUCGCAGCGGGGCGAAGGACCCCGCUUUGGAAAGUUUUUGCUCUCAUUCACGGAGUUGACCUGCGAGUGGCUAAAUCGGCCCGGAAACGCAACGUGUCCGACGACGUCACACUUCCUGACGCGACGCGGCCAUCACUGGCGUCAGGACGUUCUUCUUGUAUUUUGUUUUUAUGUUGAGCAAUUAAAUUAAGGGGAAAGGUAGGAAGAUGCGCCUUUCACAGAAAAUACUCUGAAGUCUGCAAAUCUUUGUGUAUAUUUGUAAAUACAUAUACACAAAACUCUUCUGUACAAAACAAGUGCUCUGUGGUACACCAUCUUUGGUUUUGGAAAAGAAAAAAAAGGAAGAAAAAAAAAAAGACUUUCUUUAGCAUACAGUUUUCUCCUAUGAAUUUAUGGUAGUAUUGAUACUGUGAUUAUGAAUUAUGUUCACUUGAUUAAUAGAACUUCAAAGAGCCGCACGGUGUUGAGGAAAUGAAGUGGGGUGGGAGGGGGAGUCGGAGAAAAAGAGCCUCUGAACGCCACACUACUGCAACAGCUCUGUGUUCAGAGUAAAACUAACUAGGGCUGGUUCAACUAAAAAGAAAAAAAAAUCUUCACGGUUAAGGUGAAAGGAUGAUAUUGAGAGUAAUUAAAGAUUUUUUUAUUUAUAUAAUUUAUGGACCAGGAUGAAGGUGUUGAUAAUUUGACUGCUCGUGUUUCUGUCAUGUUAAAGGGCUCCUCUUCUCAUGGCAGAGCCUAACUUGAGUCUGAACUGCUGUUAAAAAAACAAACUAAAAAAAAUAACAAAACGAC